CAGGGUCCGUGUGCUUGGCAAUUCCCUCUUCUCCGUGGUCCAAGGUCAAACCGGCCGUGCGGGGGCCCGUGUUUGCGUGGGAUCGGGAUGUGGGACCUGCGGGCUUUGGCAGGUGCUUGUGGAAUUUCGUGCAGAGAUGGGGAUGGCAGGAAGGUCAGCAAAGAGAAGAAACUCUCAGCUCUGAGUCCCCCAGGGCUGCACUGUCCUUUCUGGGUGUCCCCCAGGGCUGCCCUGUCCCCCAGGGUUACACUCCCAAAUGAGUGUACCCCACGGCUGCACUGGCCCUUCUGGUUGCCCCUGGAGGCUGCACCAGCCCCACUGGGUGUCUCUCAGGGUGGCACGGAGAAGGGGCUGCUGCCUGAACCCCCUCCCUGUCGCUGCAGGGUUUUGGGGCAGCUUGUCACCCUCACCCCCCAGGGGAGCACCGCGUGGCUGCCAGGACCCGCUGCCUCAUUCGAGCCUUUUCCCCGGCUGUGCUGCCCUCCCGACAGGGCCCAGCCUGCCACUGUGGCUUGUCGCACAGAGCUUCAGCCCAGCACUAAAUGACACGUUUCCCGCUGGUUUUUUCUGUCCCGGGAAGGCUGAGCUCCCCGCAGGCGGGAGCUGCGCUGAGCCCUAACGCUGCUCGGUGUCGCCGGAGGGUUUUGGUGGAAAGCGGGGCUGGGGGAGUGCCUGAGGUCAAUCACCUGUCCGUGUCCUGGACGUGGCGGGCAGGACGCGGUGACACGGCACAGUGCUCUGCUGGCCGCGCUGAUGGCACGUAUCUCCUUCUCCACGUCCCUCCGGGCAACCUAAACCCGUCAUUUCUUGUCCCAGCGCUGCUCCUGCCCUCCCGCGGGCUGCAGCCCCUCCCCGUGCCGCUCCCGUCCCCUCCCGGUGCCCAGAUCCGCGUCCCACCGAGCCCCCCUGGAUCGUGGAACAUCAGCAGCAGCCCUGGCCCCGCUCCCAGCCCUGCUGCGGUGGCAGCUCCUGCUGCCUCUGGGCGCUUCCCUGGCCGCUUCCUUGGAUGUGGGGAGUAUCCCAAGGAAUGUUUUCUUUCCUUGGGCGGCAGAUCGCAGCGCACAGGGUCUGCUCUGUGCCCUGUCCUGGGCUGCACCCCGGCUGACCGCAGCGGGGCCGGGCUCGCCCUCGCCCAGCACGGCAGCGCCGCAGCCGGAGGGGCCCCCGCAGACGUGAGGGGUCCCCGCAGCGGGGAGGUGGGUGCCGAGGAGAGCCGGGACGAGGCAGGACCGUCCGGGACACUCUGAGCUACAGAAGGUCCCGCCGGCCCCAACCCCACAGGGUCUCCUGCUCUCGUGGAAGGAGCCGGGGGUCACAGCCAGGCAGGCAGGUCAGUCGUGCCCGUCCCUCCGGGCAGGGACCAUGGCAGACCCCGAAGACGCCCCGCGCGAUGCCGGGGAGGGCACGGGGGAGGACGGCUCCCUCCAGAACGAAUCCUUCCCGCUCUCCUCUCUGGCCAACCUGUUCGAGAGCGAGGACACCCCGAGCCUCGCCGAGGCAGCCCGGGGUCCCCCCGGGGCCGGGGAUGGAAAGCAAAACCUCCGCAUGAAAUUCCACGGGGCCUUUCGGAAAGGCGCCCCGAAGCCCAUGGAGCUGCUGGAGGCCACCAUCUACGAGUCCCCCGUGGUCCCCGCGCCCAAGAAAGCCCCCAUGGAUUCCCUCUUCGACUACGGCACCUACCGCCACCACCCCAGCGAGAACAAGCGCUGGCGCAGGAGGAUCGCGGAGAAGCAGCCGCCGGCCGCCAAGGGGCCGGCUCCCGACCCGCCCCCAGUCCUCAAGGUCUUCAACAGGCCCAUCCUCUUCGACAUCGUCUCCCGGGGCUCCCCGGCCGGCCUGGAUGGGCUCCUCUCCUUCCUGCUCACCCACAAGAAGCGCCUCACAGACGAGGAGUUCCGAGAGCCCUCCACGGGAAAGACCUGCCUGCCCAAAGCCCUGCUCAACCUGAGCGGGGGCAAGAACGACACCAUCCCCGUCCUCCUGGACAUUGCCGAGAAGACGGGGAACAUGCGGGAGUUCAUCAACUCGCCCUUCAGGGACGUCUACUACCGAGGUCAGACAGCCUUGCACAUCGCCAUCGAGCGCCGCUGCAAGCACUACGUGGAGCUGCUGGUGGAGAAGGGAGCAGACGUCCAUGCCCAGGCCCGUGGCCGCUUCUUCCAGCCCAAGAGCGAGGGCGGCUACUUCUACUUCGGUGAGCUGCCCCUCUCGCUGGCCGCCUGCACCAACCAGCCGCACAUCGUGCACUACCUGACGGAGAACGGGCACAAGCAGGCGGACCUGCGGCGCCAGGACUCCCGCGGCAACACCGUGCUGCACGCCCUGGUGGCCAUCGCUGACAACACCCGCGAGAACACCAAGUUUGUCACCAAGAUGUACGACCUGCUCCUCGUCAAGUGCGCCAAGCUCUUCCCCGACACCAACCUGGAGGCCCUGCUCAACAACGACGGCCUGUCCCCGCUCAUGAUGGCAGCCAAGACCGGCAAGAUCGGGAUCUUCCAGCACAUCAUCCGGCGGGAGAUCACGGACGAGGACGUCCGGCACCUCUCCCGGAAAUUCAAGGACUGGGCGUACGGCCCCGUCUACUCCUCCCUCUACGACCUCUCCUCGCUGGACACCUGCGGGGAGGAGGUGUCCGUGCUGGAGAUCCUCGUCUAUAACAGCAAGAUCGAGAACCGCCAUGAGAUGCUGGCCGUGGAGCCCAUCAACGAGCUGCUGAGGGACAAGUGGCGCAAGUUUGGGGCUGUCUCCUUCUACAUCAGCGUGGUCUCCUACCUCAGCGCCAUGAUCAUCUUCACCCUCGUCGCCUACUACCGCCCCAUGGAAGGGCCCCCGCCCUACCCCUACACCAGCACUGCUGACUACCUGCGCCUGGCCGGGGAGAUCAUCACCCUCCUCACUGGAAUCCUCUUCUUCUGCACAAACAUCAAAGACCUGUUCAUGAAGAAGUGCCCAGGUGUGAACUCCUUCUUCAUAGAUGGCUCCUUCCAGCUGCUCUACUUCAUCUACUCGGUGUUGGUGAUUGUCACGGCGGGGCUGUACCUGGGUGGCAUCGAGGCCUACCUGGCUGUCAUGGUCUUUGCGCUGGUCCUGGGCUGGAUGAACGCCCUGUACUUCACCCGGGGGCUCAAGCUGACAGGGACCUACAGCAUCAUGAUCCAGAAGAUCCUCUUCAAAGACUUGUUCCGCUUCCUCCUGGUCUACCUGCUCUUCAUGAUCGGCUACGCAUCAGCCCUGGUGUCCCUCCUCAACCCGUGUCCCAGCAGUGAGUCCUGCAGCGAGAAGUCCAACUGCACCGUGCCCACCUACCCAUCCUGCCGGGACAGCCAGACCUUCAGCACCUUCCUGCUCGACCUCUUCAAGCUCACCAUCGGCAUGGGCGACCUGGAGAUGCUCGAGAGCGCCAAGUACCCCGGCGUCUUCAUCAUCCUCCUUGUCACCUACAUCAUCCUCACCUUUGUGCUCCUCCUCAACAUGCUCAUCGCCCUCAUGGGCGAGACUGUGGGCCAAGUCUCCAAGGAGAGCAAACACAUCUGGAAACUGCAGUGGGCCACCACCAUCCUGGACAUCGAGCGCUCCUUCCCGGUGUUCCUGCGGAAAGCUUUCCGCUCAGGGGAGAUGGUCACGGUGGGGAAGGGCACGGACGGCACCCCUGACCGCCGCUGGUGCUUCAGGGUGGACGAGGUGAACUGGUCCCACUGGAACCAGAACCUGGGCAUUAUCAGUGAAGACCCGGGCAAGAGCGACACAUACCAGUACUACGGCUUCUCCCACACCGUGGGCCGGCUGCGAAGAGAUCGGUGGUCGACGGUGGUGCCGCGCGUGGUGGAGCUGAACAAGAGCUGCCCGCCGGAGGAGGUGGUGGUGCCCCUGGGGGCCAUGGGCACGGCGGAGCCGCGGGAGCGGCGGCACGGCCAUGCCCCGAGCUCCCCGCUCUAGCACGGCAGCACCGGCAGCCGAUGGACUCUGCCUGGGCCCCCGAGCGGCUCCGGAAUCACGGCUGAGCGGGAUGGUGCUUGUCUGCUCCUCAGGGAUUCGCUCUGUCCCUCCAGCGGGCGCUGUCCCGGCGGGUGUCCAGCCUGGAUGGGGGUUCUGGCCGCGCCCCAGCGGUGCCGUCGGUCUCGGCUCUCACAGGCGAGCUCCAGUGCCACCGCUUCACUUGGCAGUGCCGGGGCCACAACUGUGCCAUGCCGGGAGCCUCGGCCCGCCCAGGGCUGGGCAGCGCAGCCCCUGGCUCCGCCAAGGCCAAUGGGUUUUUUGCCACAGAGUUUUGCACAAGAUUUAUACGAUCUAUUUAUUUAGUAAUAAAGACUGACCCGCCACCGCCGCCUCCUCCUGGCACUGA